UGUUGACAAAAAUGGCAGCGGGAGUUUGGAAUGAGAAGGGAUGGCGUGUGUGUUGAACUCUUUUUGACAUCGCCGAGGAAAAUUUUACCAUGGCACAGUCUAGUAUGCUAGAGUUGCUGGCCCUCACAGACGCAGCGGUCAAGGGCCUGGACAAAUCUGUGAGGUCUUCCUCUGCCAGUAGUCGUUCUUCACGUGGAUCAGUUGGAAAAGCUGAACAUUAUGACUCACCAAGUCAUGACAGUGGUAUAUGUAAAACCAAUACUGUAACGGAGAAAAAUAGAGGCCCACCUUUAGGUCACCUAAUUCAUGACUCAGAUGAGAGCACUACAGCAAGUGAUGUUUUGAUAACAUCCACCACUGUUGAUCCUGACCAAAGGAGCUUUAUGUUGCAGGAUGGGGAAAACUUGAGUAAUGUUUCAAAAUGUUCCAAAAUAUCAAUUGGAUCAGAAAAUUUUAAUACUUCUGGAGCACAAAAAGUAAAAAUUUCAACCAAGAGACUGAGAGAAAUUAAGUCCCCUUUUGAAACAAGUCCAAGAGGCAGAGAAGAUAAAGAAAACGAUAAACAAAGUGCCCCAGCUGUUAGGAAAGCACCUAUUAAACCAGGUGAAAGAUCAGUGGAUGCCUCAGGUAUGAACAGUGAUGACAAAAAUUUAAGUAAGAAUGCCAUUGCCAAACCUGUGGUUUCAAAAACUAGCAAUUUCAAAGUACAGUCUGCACCUAGAGGUCUCAGUGAGAUCACAAAAAGAGACAACAAGGAAGACGACCACUUCUUUUCACCAAUGCAAACUCAAAGAUCUGACACCUUUGAUGAGUUUUCUCCUCGAGAUGAAGGCAAGGAGUUAAUAGAAAGAAAAGGAAUCAAAACACACGUAACCCCAUCAAACACUUCGGAUCCUUACAGAGUAAGUAAACAAAAGGCUGCAGGGGUCAUUGUGGAGAGGCAUACACCGAAAAAGAUGAUUCAGCCGGAGAGGAAGAAACAUCUGGAGGAAUCCCAGAGUGACCAUGGAAAAGAUCCAACAUUAGACCUCAGUGGUAGUGUUGAUCUGCUUGAAAAAGAAGUUGCCUCCCCUGUUCUAAAUGUAAGUGGGAGUAGUCAACCAGAGAUAGUCACAAUAAAGGAGAGGAUUGUCACAGUGUCAGCACGUACAUCACUGUCAACAGACGCCUCUCUCAGUGAUACCGGGCCACUGGAACAGGAGGAAGAAAGGGUCCCACCAAUGCUGUCUGCCAGAUAUCAACUAGGGUCAAAGAUGACUGGUGGAGGUCUACGUCAGGGGGCACCAGUAGAGGGAGCCAGUGGACUAGACAAAAGGAAUGAGUCACCGGAAGUUAAAAUCUCAAGCUUCAAAAUGUCAGAGAAACAAAAACUUAUCAGACAGACAUUUGCAAAAAGGUAUGAACAGCCAGGGCCUGUGAAGAGGGUUGUUCAGCCAAGAAUAGUUGGUGCAGACAAAAAAGGGCCUGAAGUCAAAGGUGAAGGGUCAAAGGUGACAGGGCAGACAAGUGAGGCCAUUGCUGUUGCUGUGGCAGCCAGUGCUGCUGUAGCAGCCACACAACCCUUCCUUAAGGCCCAGCAUGAUUUGGAAUCCAAAAUGGCUCAGAUUUUGGAGAAGAUGGCAGUGAUACAAAAUGGUGGCUCAGCCAAGCAGAUUGCAUCUGACACAGAAGCUGCAGUACAGGAAUCCCAGAAAGUUAUGGCCCUUGAGAGACAAGUGUCUCAACUUACAGAUCAGAGGAUAGAACACUUGGAACGCCUGCAGGAACAUCAACUACAGAUGCAGGCCAAAUUGAUAUCACUUACCAGAGAUACACCGCACACCAGAUCAGCUGUUGGCUCCCCUCAGCUCACACCUCCCCAACAAAGAAAGUUUCCUACACCUGGAGCUGCCCCGCCUAGGAGAGCUUUCAGUAAGACGACAGUCAACAGAACUCCGGUAUCUCCUAAAGGGUCCCCCCUGGACACCCCUGCCCCUCGUUCCAGAGCACCGCGCCCAGUAGCCUAUGAUCCAUCAGCCAUGGCAGACUCCAAGACACAGCAGUCCAAAGGAAUCCUAGAAGAGAUUUUGGCUUCUGCCGGCUCUCCAACGAAUGGAGGACAAGGAAUCAGCAUUCACCAGCCAGUCUACUCAAGGUAG